AACAGCUUCGACCUAUGGAAUAUCGGCAUGACCGGAAAGCGAUGGCGUCACCCAAGGAGCGACCACAGGACGAGUUCAUCACUUUCACUGUUCGCGGUCAAAGUAUAUCUGAGCAAGUUGCACGGCGAUCCCUCACAGAGGAGGUAUCUCCUGUACUGCUGGCCAUGGUGGAACCACCGCCAGAUGACGAGCUAAGACGCGGGGAACAAGAUGCUAUGGGCCGCUACAUCCUGGAGGGUCCUGCCAGCAAGGAAGCAUUUUCUUUGUUGGUCGAAUGCGUGCGUCAGGGUGGCCUGGUUCCGUCCUCUGAAAUGUCCCGGCGAGUUCAAGAGCUGGAUCUUGAAGCCCGGAUUGAAGCCUGCCGAAGAUGCAGCUUACAAAGGAGCUUUUUGGUUCGCUGGUGGGAUCUGAGGGGUUCCCCAGAGAGGUGCUUGAUAUGGAUCACUUGGGCCUUUGUCGCUCGGAGACUUGCUUAGCACUGGCCAGGGUGCGUGGAUGAGAUGAAGCAUUGUGAGCCCUCAGGAGAUGAUCAUGGAGAAGAUUCAUCUUGCAAACUUGCAGAUAAAGAAUCUGUGUUUGGAAAACUCCCACGUCAAAAAGAUCGAGAUCCAACGAUGUAACCUGGUCGAUUGUGACCUGUCCCUGACGGUGACCGCCGGUGAGGUGAGGAUCAGCAACUCCAGACUGGAGAAUGUCCAACUGGGUGUUUUCAGCAUGGUUACUUCAGUGGAGAACUCUUCACAGCUGAUUCGCUGCAACUUGAGGGUGGUAGAGGAGCUCUUUGUUUCAGAUUCCGAGCUGGAUGCUUGCACCUUCAAGGGCAGUGAUGAAGACCGGAAGGACAGGCCAGGCAAUUUAUUUGUGCCGUUUUUUCAGCAGUCAGAGCUGCAUGGGGAUGUCACGCUGCCCUUUGACAAAGUGGUUUGUGAAGAGACCUACUUCCACGGGAAACUGCUCAGGAUGACAAAAGGUGGGUCCAGCAUUAGCCUGAAGCGAGCUCGAUUGCGGAUGCUGCCCCGCAUUGAUUGCGAGGGCAAAAUCAACCUGUCCUUGGAGGAUUGCGAUCUGCUUGAUCCUUGCUGCUUCACAGUGAACCUUACAGCCUACAAGGGUAUCCACUGCUUCAAGCCUUGCGAGUUCUUAGAGGUGGAGUUUCCUUCGAAGGUCUGUGAGAUCAACUUUCCGAAAGCAAGUCGUUUCUAUAACGUCCGGUUCAAAGAUGGCUUGGAGGCCUGUGUGGCCAACGGUUGUCGUUUCGAAUACUGCAAUUUGGGCUACGGACAAGAAGCUAUGGCCAACUGCCUAAUGACCCAAUGCAACUUCCAAGCGUGCCGAUUCCCUUUUCUGGAGGAUGGAUCACCCGUCUCCAACUUCGCAGGUAGCAAUUUCGUGAAUUGCCGGAUUCAGUGGAGCGGCCCUUUCGCCCAUGAAGAAUCUUUCGUGAUCAACUCGCAUUGGCUGCGAAAAUGGAAUUUGGCUGGUUGUACAGUGAGUGACGGACAGCAAGUGUAG